AUGGACAGCAAUGCUUUAGAGGUUGUUGAGCGACUUGGAAGUGAUGAAGAUGCAGUACGCAAGAUGGCUGUCUUCAAGCUCCAGAGCAGUAUCGGAGAUCCUUCCUUCGCAGAUAUUUUCAUUGCCGAAGGUGGUCUGAGCAAAUUACGAUAUCUGACCCUCCAUGCAACUGGAAACACACUGGCAUACAGUUUGGCGAGCUUUGCAAGGCUGCUAGAAGUCGAUAAAGGUUGGGAGUCUGUUGACCAGGAACUGCUGGAAAGAAUUGUCGAGCUUGUUGUAACACAACCUUUAGUCAACAUUUUACGCGGCGCAAUGUCUAUAUUGGUGUCUGUCGUAUCGCAUCCUUCUAUAGGAGGUUGUCUCUCCCAGGAUGAGGCCUCUGGGUUUCGUGCCUUGAAGCCCGCAAUCACAAUCUAUCCCCAGUUCCUGGAGAUGCUGGUGAACAGACUUUCCUCUGCAGACCAUGCACUCUGCGCAAAUGCUCUUCAGCUUAUCAAUUCCCUUAUGCGUGAUUCUAUUACAAAUGACUCUGAGCUUGAGUGGCCCAAAUUUAUACAGAAACUUCAGGAUCUUGGGGUGAUUCGAGCAGUUUACGCCCUGAUGCAAGGGACGGCAUUGCAAGACCACGCGCAUCCUUUGAUAGAGUUUCAAUCACUCACAAAGGUCUUGCUCAGGAGAUGGCGAGAUAUUCCCCUCGAUCCAGAGAAGCCCGAACACAGACGAGCUCUGAAGGGACUACAUCUUGCUGGAGGACAGGACAAAUCUGGCUAUGAAAACGUUGAAUCCGGCAAUGCAAUGGCACGCCCAAAAAAACAAACCCCAGAAAAGUGGAGACGACUUGGAUUUGAGACAGAAAGUCCACUGGCACAGUUUGAAGAGACUGGCUUUCUAGGAAUGAUGGACCUUGCAGACUAUGUGAGGAACCACAGAGAAGAAUUUCAAAGACUACUGUUAGAGCAAUCAGCAAAACCGACUGAAAAACGUUGUCCGAUAGCCCGUGCUUCCUUGGAGGUAACCUCGAUUCUUUACGAGCAUUUUGAAAUCGAUAAAUCAGAUAUCGAAGAUUCAAAAAACGAUUUGGUCCUAGACUCCCGCUCUAAUCUCGACAAGCUGUUUAAACCCUUACUUCUGCACUGGACUCGGUUGCAUGUGGCGGCACUCCAUGCCUUUGUUCGAUUAUGGAAGGUCACCGGUGCAGAUGUUCUUGAUUUCGAAAAGAUCGCUGAGCUUGUUCGCAUUCUUGUCGAAUCGAUUGUUGGCGGGGCACCCCGAACGAAGGAUGUGCAAGAUGUGGAAGAAGAAAUAGUGAAUUUCGAUUAUCACCGGCUUCGAGAACUCCAAAUGGAUCUUCUAGAGUUCACAUAUGAAGAUGCCUGGAGGCAGCACCUUCGCCAGGUUCGCGACGAACUCCAACACGAAGCUCUCCAGUUUAUCAAGGAACAAAGGAUCCGCUGCCUACUGGAAGGUUGUUGGUUUCCGAUUGUGACUAAUGAAUCAGGCGUUGUUGCCGCUGGGAAUAUACCUCACCGAUAUGUACAGUUGUCGCAUAAUCGCAGAUUUCUCCAUUACGGAGAUUUCGAGUCAGUGAUAAAUAGCAAAGUGGACCUCGAUGCUCUUCCAGGAAAAGUUGACCUAUCUACUGUUACGUCCGUGGUUUCCAACAUAACUACAUCAGCCGACACUUCGUCCUCUUCAACCAUGAAGAUUGUCCCCCACCCUGUAUCCUCUACCACAAUCACCAUUUAUGGGUAUAUCGAAACCCCCUCAAUGACAAAUGGCGCAUCAAAGGGACAUGGCCACGCUCGUUCCAUCAGCAAGCCGACUGGGAACGAGGGUAUCUUGUUGACACUCAGUCCUCAAUUAUCGACCACCGCAUCGGAAUGGUUAGACGGCUUACUUAUGCUUCUCAAUCAGCAAUCAAUUACAGCAGAGUCUAGCAAACUGGUUGAUCUGGUAAGCGAUUACGGGCUCAAAAUUCGUCUUCUGAACGUUCGCUUUGAGGAUGUGGCGUUUGCUGGAGAAAUUCCAAUUGUUCCCUCCCGCGAUGGACUUGAUGAUGAUUAUUUUUAUGAUGUUUUUGGCGGUGCUUGA